AUGCCGUGCAUCAUACACUUCCUGCAAGCUGCUCAAUCGUCUCAGGAUCCCAAGGAGAUUGGCACGGCCGAGGAAUCGAAGCGAGUCGACGAUCAGCUGAGUGAGGCGGCUCUCCGCCUCGUCGAACCCACCUAUACAGUCAUCUUGAAUAUGUUCAAGUCACCGCACAUCGCAAAUCCGAAUCUCCUCCACAGGGCAGAAUUGCGCAGCGGAUGCUUUGAUCAGGUGGAAUGUCCAGAGUUGUCUCCAUUCACGCUGCUGUCAGCUUCUCUCGAUCCUGCGCAGUUCCCGCUUGAAGACGGCGAUCCGUCGCCAUUGCAGCUGGAUGCAGGUCUUGAAGUACCUCCUGGCGAGCUGCCGUGGUUGGAUCUGCUGCCGUCUGAGCUGGCGUCACUGGAAUUGCUUCUAUCGUUCGUCGAACAUCUUGCUGGCGCUCUCGUCACUGCCCCCUCUUGUCUUCAAUCUCCUCUACUUUUCUCCAUUCAGAAGCUGAUCAAUUCUAUCAAGGAUGGCGGGUCGGCAACGUUGACACCAAUUCGUCUUCUGAUCUCCCUCUACGUCUGCAAUUCCACAGAAGAAUCGGGCGAUCUCGGCACAGUGAUGGUGGAUGGAAUUGAAGGAUUGCCUCUCAAAGAGCGUAUGCUUGCGCAACAGGUCUUUCUUGUCGAUUCGCAACAGCAGAAACAUCAAAAUGGCAUAUCGGGUGAUGAACCCGAGAGCGAUUUGGAUCUCGUAGUUACCGUUGACGGAGAGAAGCAAAGGAUUUCGGUCUCCUUCCUGAUCUCAACGCUUCUGGCUCAUCAACUGAUCGUACAAAUGAUCGGGUCCAUUCUCUGUCCAUGUGAACGUCCGCCAAAAGGUCUUGAGAAGAUCCUCUCUGGUGGAGACUGUGCAGGACGUUCAUCGCUGGAUAUCCCGGACGACGUUCGAAUAAUGCUGCAUCACUCGCUGGACGCGAGUUUUCAGGUUGCUUUGGACUUCGAUUGCCGUCCAAGUCUUUCGGUAUUUAGCGGCAAAUGUGCAUUGCUAAGGCCAAAUCUUACCAAACAACUUGCUCAUCGCAGCUUAUCUAAAAUGCACGUCGUUCCAAUAGAUCUCCACCGGCUGUGCAACUGUCACAUCAGGAUGGUAGCGUUGUUACGAGAGGUUGAGAUACGAAACGCUGAGAAGAGAAUCGCAGCUGCAGCUAGGGAAUACAAGGAGGAGAAAUUCGAAUUCAUGCUGGUCGAAUCAGACGGGGAGAAGCUUUAUAAAAUCUAUAAAAAACAACUUCCAAUGGGACUACCAAGCAAACCAAUUGGCGAACGACCGAAUCCGUUCAAAAAUGGAAUAAUGGAGGAGAGAAAGGAUGAAUCAGAGCCAGAUCAUGACACACUCCAACUGCUAGCAUAUCGUCAAAUAUGUCUCGUCCCUAUCGAGACGAUUCUCUCCAUGGAAAAUGCCGCUCGUCUUCUACCUCAGGUGAUCGACUCGGUGAAAAAGCUCAUCCUUGCCACGCCAGAUAUCACAAUUCGGCAUCUUGCUGUACAGAUUAUAGAGAUGACUAUGUCCUAG